AUGGCCGAAAUUCAAGAGGUAAAAUCACAAACUCUGAGUGAAAACCAAAUAAUAAAGCGUGCCAGGAGCACUAACUUUUCAUGCAAUAAAAUAUCUGUCCUUGUGGCAGCAUAUAGUAAUAAUAAAGGCCUGCUUGAAGGCACCAACAUUCCAAACAAUGUAAAGAACAGGAUCUGGGAGGAAAUUGCUCUCAGAGUUUCAGAGAUUGGCACUGCCUUAAGAACCACCAAAGAGGUAAAAACAAAAUGGUUCAACCUCUCUCGUAUUUCUAAGCAGACACACAAUGACUUCAAGCAGUCUUUUAACAAAACUGGAGGUGGACCACCACUUAAUUCGCCCAAGGGCUUCAUCAAAGAUAUAAUUGACCUCAACACUGAUUCGGAGAAUUUUUGUGGGAUAGAUGGUGGUUUUGAGACCGAAAUUUGUUUUGAUUACAGUAACACAUCAACAGUAUCAACAGUAUCUGAUGAAGUUGAAGUCAUUCAUACAGAAAAUGUGAAUGUUGAAAUAGUGCAAGAGACUAAAACUGAUAGCUCAGACAUGACCAGCCAAAAUAAGAGACAGCAGACAUGUUAUGAAAACCAGAAGCAGAAAAAGCGAAAGGUAACACAAGAAAUGGUUUGGGAAGCCCAGCUUCAGUUCUUCAAAGAGCAGAGUGAGACUGAAGUGAGGAGAAGGCAGCUCAUGGAUGCCAAAGAAAGUUUUUACAAAGAAGCAACUGCUGCAUUGAAGAAAUCAAAUGCUUGCUCAGAUAUUUUUCAGUUAAUAAAUGCAAGCAAAGAACCAUGAAAGGGAAUACACACACAUGCAGAUAAAUAGAAGCAUUCAAGAUAGUAAAGACAAGACAUGUGUUAUUAAACUUCAUACCCACUGUCUCCAAGGAGUACUCCAUCACCAAGUUGCCUGAAGUUUCUAUCCAGGUGUUGGCACAGUGAAGAUGACUGAAAUACAAAGCUGUCAUGGGCUGAUCCUGGUCAUUUAGCAUUUACACUUAUGAAUUUACCUAAAAAAAUAAAUUGAAAUUCUUUAAUGGAUUAUUAUUCAGAUAGAACAAAUUGCAUGAGUUUAAGUUCUCUACUUUAAUAAUGAAAUUAUUCAACCCUCUGGCAAGUAUGAAAGAGUGUAUGUUUGUUUGUUCUUCAUGAUUAUGCUAUGUUUCACACAUGAGUAAGAAAAUAUUUUCUGACUACUGUGUGUGAUACAUUAGCACAGUCUUACAAAAGAAACAACUUCUUUAUAGUUUAUGCAUAAUUAGAAAAAAAUACCCCUGUCUCAACUUUUGUAAUGAAGUUCUGGAAACAAAUGCAUGUAAAAAUUGAUAACCCAUAUGCCGAAGUUAAAAGAUUAGUGAAGUCUAUAGUCACAUAUCAAGUUUUUUCCUUUAAGUGAUGCAUUUAUUUUCAUCAAUUGGUAUAUAUUACAAGAGUGGCAAUAGCCACAAGUGAAAUGUGAUAAUUUUCUUUCCACAGGAUGAAAAUAAGUCCUGUUUUUAUAGAACUUGAAUUUUCUUCUUGUUAUAUAGUAGAAUAAUACAAUUUUUUCUCUUUUUUCUUUUCUUAUUACAAGUCACUCAAUCAAUUUUAUAUUCUGUCAUUUACUUUUGUUUGCCCAUAUUUGGGUGUCUAAAGGAAGUUACUUGAAACAAUUGUGCAAGUAUUUUUGAGUCUAAGACUUGGUAAUAAAGAACAACACACUGCUUUCUCGUUUCAAUUAAUUAUUAUGUUUUUAAUGUCUUAUGUUAUUCUUUUUGUAUUUCAGGCCAAUGCUUUAAAAUUUUUAAUUUAUCUCAGCUACUUCAAAACGUAUUUAAGUAUUUUCAUAUCAGCUCAAGAACAGUGAAAGUUUAGAUUUAUUCUAAUUUUAAUAUGUAUGAGUAACAAGUUGAAACUAUUUUCAACUCAUUUCUGCUAGUAAUGUGUUUUUAUGUAAGAGUGAUAACCGUCUUGUCAACAAAUUUUGCUCUUUAGCAUAAUUAGCCAUGUGCUUUUUCACAUUUGAUAAGUUAGGUAUAGUUCACAUAUUUUUGUUUAUCUUAUUCUAAAAGGGCACUUAAUUAUUGAUUCAUAACAAAAAUAAAAUAAAAAAGACUUGUUGAAACAUGACUGUAAGUCUAUUUAUUAAAUAACAUACACAUAAAAAGUACAUUUAUAAAAUAUCAUACAUUGGUCCAAUCUAAUUUGAACAGAGUAUGAUAUAUUUGGUUACAAAUGAUAUGUUUUGCUCUUGUUACAUGAUCCAUGUUGUUAUGGCAGCAAUUUUUAUGCACUUGAUCCUGCAUGUUUGUUU